CCACCGCCGUGUUUCGUCGUGCUUCUAUUGGAUCGCGUUCUCUUUGUUGAGAUAGCAAAACGCUGUCUAUGGCUGUCGGCGUGAUUUCUCUGUAAUGCCACUAUAAACGACGUUUAUCCGAUCAUUAUCCAGCAGCUGAUAUCUGAUGGACACUAAACGCGGAGCGGCUUGUUUCUACCAUUGCGAAUGAUGAAAAAACGCGAGUAUCAGCAAAUAGAUCCUCAGGCACUAGUGACAUCCAGGCCAACACCUCCAUCGCGACCUCUUCCCGAGCAAAAGGCCAAACAAGUCCGGAGAAAAUGGGAGGUGUUUCGCGGGAAGAACCGCUUUUACUGUGAUGGACGCAUCAUCGUGGGGCGUCAGAGCGGCGUGCUGCCUCUCACACUGGGGCUUAUACUGGUCACCAGCGGACUAUUUUUCAUAUUCGACUGCCCAUUCCUGGUGAAACAUCUGACUGGCUUUAUUCCAGCAAUCGGAGGGGUCCUAUUUGUGUUUGUGAUCAUCUCUCUUCUCCAUACAAGCUUUACAGAUCCAGGGAUUCUGCCCAGAGCAACACCAGAAGAGGCUGCAGACAUUGAGAAACAGAUUGACAACCCAGAUGGCUCUUCCUCAUCCUACCGCCCCCCUCCGCGCACUAAAGAGAUUGUCAUCAACCAGCAAGUGGUUAAACUCAAGUACUGCUUCACCUGCAAGAUCUUCCGUCCUCCUCGCACCUCUCACUGCAGCCUGUGUGAUAACUGUGUGGAGCGGUUUGAUCAUCACUGCCCAUGGGUUGGAAAUUGUGUGGGAAAACGAAACUAUCGCUUCUUCUACACCUUCAUCGUCUCGCUGUCUCUCCUCACAGCCUUCAUCUUUGGUUGUGUAACCACACACCUGGCACUAAGGUCACAAGGAGGGAAUGGACUGGUUUUUGCUCUCCAGGAGAGUCCUGCCAGUGCUCUUGAGUUAGUGGUCUGCUUCUUUUCUGUAUGGUCUAUUCUUGGCCUCUCAGGCUUCCAUACAUACCUUAUAGCAGCAAAUCUUACUACCAAUGAGGAUAUUAAAGGUUCCUUUUCAGCAAAAAGUGGAAAUGAAGAUGUUGGAAAUCCUUACAGCUACAACAGUAUAAUCAAAAACUGUUGUUCUGUCCUCUGUGGGCCCAUGCCGCCCAGUUUGAUUGACAGGCGAGGGUUUGUGCCUUCUGAUGACUCUGUUCAGACCAGCCCGGUGGAAACUGAACUGCCAGCUGCUAAAAAUGACAUAAACAUGUGCACGGAGGGUACUAAAGGUCUGCUGGAAACUGCCUCUCGCUCUCCGCUCCUCACAAGCUCCUGUCCACAAGCCAAGCCCCAAGCAGUGUUAUCUGUGCUAGACCCACUACCAGAGUUUUCUUCAUCUCCUGCCUCGCAUCCCCCUAAGGUCACUGGAGGACGCCCAUCAAGCAACCCUCCUCACAAACAUCAUUCUCACCACAGAUCCAAUGGGAAACAUGCUAUUUCUCACUCCCACAACCCAGCCAACAAGUCUUCCUCUCCAAGACCCCUCCAAAGCUACAAAGGGCAUAAAGACUCGAAGAACAAAGACGUGAAAUUCAAGUCUGUGCACUGAUCACCCAAACUCCAGGAACGUUGCCCUCAUUGUGGAUGUUGUUCUUUUUUCUCAGUUUGUUUUUACAAGAUUGGUGGAUAAAUGGGGGCUUUGGUUGAUGACUAACAUAAUAGUUUGGAAGAUUCCAGACCUCUAGCUAUAAUACACUGACAAGUUCUAUGCUGUUACUAUGUAGUGGCGAACUACCAUUAAUUCUUCAAUCUGGAAGUGCUUACCAGUGGAUGAAGAAGCAUAGACAUUCUUUGAGUUUAAAGGCAAAACGUUUUUAUUUGCAGGUUGCGUAAAUGACAUUUCAAGCACAAACAAGGCCUAUUGGUCUCAAGAAAUGAAUUGAGGGUCAGUUGUCAUUGAUAUUACAGUAUGUUUGAAAAGAGCGGUUUCGGAACAGCAAUAACAGAACGAAGAAACGUGACAUGAGGGGGGAAAUGAACUCCAUUUCUUGGGGUCAAUUUCUUCUACAUUUUAAAUCACUAAGGAUACAUUGGCCAAGCUUCAACAAACAAGAGCCAGUAUUCUUUACCCACAAAAAAAACUAGAGCAUGCCUGGAAAAAUAUCUUUUCAUAGUUUCCACAAUUGCCCUUUGUUUCCAAAGGUCUCCAGCAUGAUAUUGUAACAAAUUGCGUUUAAAACGUGAUAAUGUUUGAUAAGUCCUGCAAAUAUUGAUGACCUUGUCCCCACCAUUUGAUCACCAUGUUGAGGAUAUUGAUUACUCUCAUAACUGUGCUGUCUAUGGUUAAUCUCAGCUUGAUAUGCCUGCUGUUCUUAUUCACAUGGUGUUUCUGACCGGCUGUCUAUUAGUUAUUUAAACUCUCUAAAUGCACUAACCCUUAAUGCAGCAAUACUCUACUGAUGAACAGAGAAUUAUUUUUUAUGACUUUUGUGCUGUUGCGUGGAUCUUAAGAUAUUUUAAUGAGAACAGGAAUACGUGUAGUGUAUUUUUAUCCAGGUUUUGUCUUGAAAUAUGCAAUCUGAAUGUUAUUUAUGAAUGCUGAAAUGUAUCCUUUGUUACACAAAACCUCUGCAACAUUUGCACAAAUAAAAUAACUAACAACAUAGCUUGGCGUAUGUUGUAAAUACUGU